AUGUGGUUCCUUCUGUUGCUUUUUGCAUAUGCUAUCUGUAGUAUCCCCAAGAGUUUGUCAGAGCCAUUUACCUCAUCAGGAGAGUAUGUGAUCGGGGGCUUAUUUCCCAUUCACCAUACCCCAUUGGAAGAUGUUAAUCGAUUGAAGCCUGUUGUCCCAGACUGUGAGAAGUCAGAAUUCAGAACAGGUAUGUUGACUGCAUUCCAAGCAAUGAGAUUUGCUGUUGAUGAAAUUAACAACUCAACUGAACUGUUGCCGGGUAUCACUCUGGGCUAUGACAUUGCUGACAGUUGCUUUGAAGUUGUGGACAUCCAAACUAUGUUCAGGUUCCUGUCAGGCAAGCAAGGAGCAGAGGUGGAGAUAUUAAACAAUUACACAGCUUACCAGCCCAGGGUAAUCGCUGUCAUUGGACCACCUUCAACAGAUGUAGCAAUUACCAUUGCUAGAGUGUUAGGCUUUUUUCUUGUCCCUCAGAUCAGUUACCUGGCAUCUGGUGAGAUCCUGAGUGAUAAAAUGCGUUUCCCAUCAUUUUUACGGACCAUUCCAAGUGACAAGAACCAAGCAAAUGCGAUGGCACUACUGAUACAGGAAUUCCAUUGGAACUGGAUUGCCGUUAUUGGGAGUGACAAUGAAUAUGGGCGCAAAGGGGUCAACAGAGUGAUGGAACUAGCCUCGGCAGCAGGAAUCUGCAUUGCAUAUCAGGGUAUCAUCUCCACCUCCCCUGAGGUUGUUAUCCAGAUGAUCAAUAAUAUCAGCAGUACUGUCAAUGUCACUGUCCUCUUUUCCAAUGAAUUAGUGGCACAUGUAUUUUUCAGUCUUGUCGUGGCACAAAAUCUCACCUCCAAAGUAUGGAUCGUAAGUGAAGCUAUUUCCGUAUCACAGGAUAUAACAAAUAUAUCAAAUAUUGAGAGCAUUGGAACAGUUAUAGGCAUAGCAAUCAAGGAAGGGCAGAUGGCACACUUUAAGGAAUUCCUAGACAAACCCUUGAGCCCCACUAAUCCAAGAAUCAUGCCAGAAUCAGGGUUGGGAGAGAAUACCAACAGCAGAGGCAGCUGUGACCAAGCAUGUAACCAAUUUGAUUGGCUGAACGCCAAGCAUUUGAAUUCUAUGUUUUACAGGCUGGAAAAGCGGGUUUCAUACAACGUGUACUCGGCUGUGUAUGCUGUCGCCUAUUCAUUACACAGUCUACUCCAGUGCAAUGCAGCACAGUGUGACAAAACACACAAAAUCCUCCCCUGGCAGUUACUCAGCAGCUUGAAGAUGGUGAAAUUUAAUCUUCAUGAUCACACUCUCUACUUCGAUGAGCACGGAGACCCACCCACUGGUUAUGACAUUGUUUUAUGGGAUUGGACGAGGACUCAAGUCCAUUUUAAGACUAUUGGUUCUUACUUGCCAACUGCCAGACAAAUGAACAUUGAUUCAUCCUUGAUCCGCUGGAAUUGGGGAGAUAACUUGAUCCCGACAUCUAAUUGUUCAGCGACGUGUAAUCCAGGACAGAAGAAAAUCCAAAGAGGGAUCCAUCCUUGCUGCUUCGACUGUGAAGACUGCCCCUCUGGAACAUUCCAGAAUCAAAGUGAUCCCUACCAUUGCAUGGAUUGCCUAUGGCAACAGUGGUCACCUCCUAAAAGCCACCGCUGCCUGGAACGGAAGCUUUAUUAUUUGGAAUGGAACAGUGCUUUCUCUAUCUUUCUGUUGAUCUUGGCGAAUGGUGGACUUGUGCUGACCAUCACGAUAGCAAUGAUCUUCAUACUCAAUUACAAUACUCCGGUUGUCAAGUCCGCUGGUGGCACGAUGUGUUUUCUCAUGCUUGUGUCGAUGUUCUGUGGCUUUUCUUGUGUGUAUUUCUAUAUUGGUAAACCAAGCAAAUUGUUCUGCCAAAUAAGACAGCCAUUCUUCAUGGUGACCUUCACGAUCUAUCUGUCCUGUAUCCUGGUGAGGUCUUUUCAAAUCAUCUGCAUAUUCAAAAUGGCCACCAAACUGCCUACAGCACAUGAUUAUUGGGUUAAAUACAAUGGGCAAUAUCUGUUCAUCUUUCUGAGCACCUGUGUCCAAUUUGUCAUUUGUGCUGCGUGGUUGAUUUCAGAUCCACCUAGCCCCAUAGGUCACAUAAUCGAGAAGGCAAUCGUCCUGGACUGUAAUACUGGUAACAUGAUUGCCUUUUGUCUUGGUUUCCUUUAUACUGUUUUGCUGACAGUGGCAUGUUUCUUAUUUGCUUAUAUGGGAAGGGAUCUUCCAAAGAAUUAUAACGAGGCCAAGUUCAUUGCCUUCAGUAUGAUGAUCUGCUUCAUUUAUUACAUUCUGUACAUGACAUCAAUGGUCACCCCUAAUCAGGAGAGAUACACCUCAUCCAUACAAACCUUCCUGACAGUCACCAGUGCCUUCAGUAUUGCCAUGGGCUACUUUCUUCCGAAAUGUUACAUCAUUUUGUUUUUGCCACAGAAUAACACCGUGGCUUAUUUCCAAUCCUGCAUUCAGGAUUACACAAAGAGACAGAAUAGGGCAAAUUAGGUUUCAUAAGCCACCAGAUCGCUUACCAUGUUGUGUUUUAGCAUUAUUAAAGGAGAUUAUUUUCCUUCAUUUGUGAAUAUUAGGAGCUUGCUUCCUUUAUUUGGCUAUUUCAUGAGCAAAUGGAGUAACAUAGGGCAUAAUAAAUGGUAACAAACAGCUCAAAAGCCUCACCUCUUCCUAUCUCUCUAACCUCCACUCCUACAACCCUUUGAGAUCUCUGCGUUCCUCCAGUGCUUCUUGUGCACUACCCACUAAAUGCUCCUUACCAUUGGUGGCCAUGUUUUCAACUGUCUAGGCCCCAAACUCUGAAGCUUUUUCCUAAACCUCUCUGCCUCUGCACCACCUCUUCCUUUAAGAUGCUCCUUAAAACCUACCUCUUUAACUAAGCUUUUGGUUAUCUGACUUAAUAUCUCCAUCUUUGGCCCAGUGUCAAUUUCUAUCUUACAAUACUGCUGUGAAAUGCUUUGGGAUGUUUUACUAUUUCAAAGUUGUUACAGCACUAUUUUUGUAAUAAGCGGGGAAAUAAUUCUUCAUAAUGUGGAAAUCUAAAUUAAACCUCUCCUCAUUUCCUGGGUUCAGAAAUAUUUACUUACAGAAAGAGAAAGCAGGACGCCUGGAAAUUCAGUGGGUUGGACUUGGUCUCUGGGAUUGCAUUUCCAGGCAAGGCUGAUGGGAUGAGAGUCUUCAAACUUUGCUAGCUUUGGG